CGAAUAUAUACUACUUCUGGGUUCCGGUAUGAAAAUGACAUGAAUGCUGCAUAAAUGAGUGCGAGUGGAGUAUUACAAAAAAUUGCAGUAUGAUGAAUGAUAAAUUAAGUAUCACACUUAAUUAUUAGAUUAAAUAGACUAGAAUAGUACGAGAAGAUGAAAAUUUUGACAUGAGAUUUGUAGCAAAAUUGGCAGGAAAUAAAUGUGAACACAAGUGCGUUGCGUUUGUAGGUUAGGUGUGCGAGUGAGUGUGCUCUUGUAUUCUUUCAUAAAAAUAUCACAAAACAGAAUUAUGUCAUUUCAUCGAGAAAAGAGAAAAACAAAAUCCGACAAGAUAACUGAUAUGGAUAGCAUUAUGUCGGACUUUACACAUCUCAAAGUUACUACAUUGAAGAAGGCGGCGCAUAUAUCAGCAACCAUGCAAAUAGAGUGCACUAUGAUCGGUCCUCAAUCAACAUUGAAUGAAAAUAAUUCUGACAAAUUAGAGAACAUUGAGAAUGAGCAAAACUCAUGUAACAUUAAGACUCCACAGAAAACUAGCACUAGCUCCAUGCACAACAUGAUAUCUACUUCAAGUGGCAUUCCCUUUUCAUACAAGAAGAUUCUUUUUGAAAGUGAGCUACAAAGGAGGGAGGAAGUUCGGAAAAAUAUUGAUCGCCAUGUUCAGCAAAUGAAGGAAAAUGAUGGCGCUAUCCAGAAGCAGAUGGCAAACUCGCAUUCAUUAAUGGCACGCGAACGCGAACGUCGGAGUGCAGAGAAUCUGGCAGACAUUCUGGCUGAGGGAGAGCGAAUUGCAGAACAGGAAGAGAUCAAGAAGCGGCAUGAGCAGCAGCUGCAUGCACAGCGCGCUCAGGAGCAAAAAGAGAAGCAUGAACGAGAAGUCGAAGAAUAUCGAAAGCGGAUGAAAGAAAAAGAAGAAUUGAAGAAGACUGUGAUGGCUCACAGGGAUCAGCUUGCGGCCAAGUUUGUUGAUAUCGCUAUUCUGUCUAAAGCAUGCAAGAACAAAUUCGCACUUAAUGUGGUCUUCACGGCAAACACUGCGAGAAUCAAGGAAUUAGCUCAGCAGAUGGAAAUUUUAAAUGAAAAAAUCACAAACGGAGAAUUGGUACCCACAGAUGUGAAUGUCGUUGAGACUUUGGUUUGCAGCAUGGACGAUGUACUAAAUAUAUUUCGAAUGGAAAUAGAAAAAAUAGAUGCUCAAUAUGAAGCAGAAUUAAUUCACAAAGCGCAAAUUGCCAACGAGCCAAUGGCGGAAACUAAAAAUCUAUUAGUUGGCGAUGUAGUACUUUCUCAGCAGCCAGAGGAGACCAAUGCUGUGGAAAAUAAUGAGAAUAAAGAACAAAGCAGUAUAAUAACAAAUCAAGAAACUACAGUAGUGGUUAAUGAGCCGAUUGCGCUGUCCAUAUCCGAUUCUAAGUCAGAAGAAGCAACUGAGAGUUCAAAAUGCAAAAUAGGAAAUCUUUUUAAGUAUGUCGAUAAGGAGUCACUGGAGAUUUACAUCAAGAGCCGACAUUUUUUAGAUCUUUACAGGGACACUCAUAAAGAUUUUUUACAAUCUGCUGCUACCAAAAAAUUUCGUUUUGAAUGUCAGAAAGCAAUCAACAUUCCAGUGAACGCAAUCUCUAGUGUUAGCAAGCAACAUUUGAGAGACAAAUACGACAGGCUGCAGAAUCUUUUGAUUGGAAAAUCAUCUCCUAAUGUGAUGCAGUAUCCACAAGGAGUGACUUUCUGCAAAGAUCAUUUAGCGAAACAAAUUGUUAGCCAAGGCGAGACAUUAAUAUCCAGCAAACCGGAAAUGGCGUUUCCUGUGGCAAUGAUCAUUGUGGCUCUUUGGAACGAACAUGCAGAUUUUGGUGAGAUGGUUCUAGCCCACCUUCACGAGGUGUGUCCGUUCACUGUGCCAAUAUUUUUGCCGCAACAAGAGGGCCAAUCCAAUGAAGAUUAUUAUAAAUCUCUUGGCUGCAAAUAUUCCGAGGAUGGCACUGUCGAACAGCAGGACAAGUUUCUUAAGAGAAUGUCAGGAUUCAUGAGAUUGUAUGCAUCGAUUACCGUUACAGGACAACGAAGAGGUGUCAUCAAGCCUCAUCCUCAUGGUCUUGAGUAUGCCUGGAGAUGGCUGGCAGUCGUUUUGAAUAUUGAACCAAGAGUUGAUACUUGUGGCUUAUGUGCGACCUUAAUACUGGACAUGCUUGAGGUCGCCGGGAAUGUAUUAUGGACUGCUUAUCCGAUGCAAUUCCACAAAUUACUGGCGUUGCUAAGGGAGAAAUAUUAUCUGUGUGUGCGUAAUGUUGCUGAUGGUGGCGACAGCGGACCUCUGAUGCGGCUGGAGGAGUUUUUGAGCAACGCUUUGGCAAAUGGUACUAUACGUCCUGCUAAUGGAAUGCUUCCACCUGACUUUUUAUGAUCUCCCGAAAAA